CCAGAUUUCUUUCCUUUCUUCCGCUUCUCUCUUGGGCUGCUUAUUCUUGACUGCAAGUCAGCCCAGCGAAGUUGGUUUGAUACCACGGGGAGACCAUUCACCUUCUAAUACUUUUUUCCCCUUAACUCUAUAUUCGACCGAGGCAUUCCGCUUCGGCCCUGCCGAAUCUGUGCAUAUUGCGAUAUUGUCUUUGGGGAAAGCAGUUGGAGAAAGGGGAGGAUGGAGUCGCAAUUUCCAAAGCCGCAGCGUACUCACGCGAAGACCAUCUCAGUAACAUCGGAAACCUCCCGAGAAAUCAUCAAUAUUUCAAGCAUUCAGCGCAAGAAGAAAUUUGGCUCGGGAAAGUAUGCAGAUGUCGAGCUUGAUCCACAACCUAGCGAUUGCCCUCAGGAUCCUCUGGUCCGUUAUCCCCAUUUCUUUACUUGUCGAAGCGAUUCAAGGACUCCUGAUUGACUAACGUCAUAUUAGAAUUGGCCACAAUGGAAAAAAGUACUCGCUUACGGAUCUCUGCUUUUGUCAACUGCUGUCAUUAGUAUAUUCAAGAUGAUGCUUGUCACUGUCGGCGGUGUUCUCGAGGCGGAGCUAAACACGAGUUGGGAGGGAGUCGCUGCCUUGACUGGUGUUCCGAUUAUCCUGGGUGGACUCUUCGGCCUCAAGGGCGUGAUUAUCUCGCGAAUGAUUGGAAAGAGGACGAUUUAUCUUCUAAGCUCCAUUGGCUUGCUCGUCUCCUCUCUUUGGACAAUGCACGUCACCGGGAAUUAUAGGGAGUUUCUGAUAUCAAGGGCGUUUUCUGGAAUUUGCUGGGGUUCCUUCGAGGCACUUGUGGUGAUAUCGAUCAAGGACAUGUUUUUUGUCAGUUUGAGGACUAUAUGAGAUUCGUGACAGUCACUGAUAUUUGAGCAGAUGCAUGAGAGAUCCAGUCGAAUUACCAUCUAUAAUGUUGUAAGCAUUAUUUUCACCUGGGGCUCGCCAAUGCUUGGAGGUUAUGUAUCUCAAAUCAACGAAGGAUACAAAAACCAGAUUAUGGUUGUCAACAUCAUGCAAGCAGCCUCGAUUGUCCUUGUGAUUUUCAUCACACCCGAGACAACGUACAAUCGCGAUAAGUCGAACGAUUUGAGAACCUUACUUCGCGCUACCACCAUCACCACCAUUUCAGCGCCCCCUUCAUCUGGACUCAAAGUCUACUUAUCCAGUCUCCGACCAAUAAAAGCAAACGCAACCUCAAAGUUUCAAUUAUCAACUGUACUGCUCUACAUCCGCGCGUUCUUUGCGCCAACUGUAGCUCUUAGCUUCCUCAUCACCGGCCCAAUUUACGCAACAGCCAUCGCAGUUUCUUACCUCCUACCUCUUCUCUUCACAACCAACCCCGACAUGGAACUCCCCAACCAAAUUGGUCUCCUCUUUCUCGGUCCACUUGUCGCCUCCGUCAUCGGUUCCGUAGUCGUAGGACUCGCUUCCUACGUCCGCUCCCGACCACUGAACGACGUCUCCGCCAGAAGACGAAGCCAUCUAGGAUCCACCAUCCCAGGCUCCCUCAUCGGGUUCGGCAGUCUCAUCGGCUUCGGAUUCUACAUCAACUCUGGCAACCCCGUCCCUAGUGCCUUUGGCAACGCAUGGCGAGGCGACGACGAGGUACGUAUAAACGAAAAUCUCGUCACGCUCAUCUUCGGCCUCCUCGUUUCCGGAACGAUGCUCACCCACAUCGCGACGGUAAACCACAUCCGCUCGGCCUCUCGUAUAUCCAUCGAAAACGACGCGCUGGAGAGCGCAUACAAUGUCCUACAAUCAAUCCUCACGGGUAUCUACAUCAUCGGGAUGCCGCUCUGGGUCGGCGGGAACGAAGGAUUCGACAUGUUUCCCACGCUGAAGUUGACGGUUCUUGGCAUGGCGCUGGUGCAAAUAGUUAUUGCGGGUGCGGCGGCGGGGUUGCUGCUUGUGACGGGGGAUUUUGUGGCGAAGUUGGAUGGGCGGGUUUUGGGAAGGAGGGAAGCUGGGGAGGAGGAAGAGGGGAAGUGGAGGGGUGAGGAUAUUUUUAUGGAUCGAUGA